UGCAUAUGGAUAUGGAUCUCAUUCCAACCGAUGUCAUGCUUGAGAUACUCUCGAGAUUGCCUGCAAAGUCAGCCAUAAGGUUUCGUUGUGUAUCGAAGCUAUGGGGGUCCAUGCUUAACCGGCCAUAUUUCACCGAGUUGUUCUUGACCAGGUCUUCAGCUCGUCCACGUCUCAUAUUUGGGGUGGUCAAACGAAACGGUGAGUUGCUCCUCUACUCCUCGCCUCAGCCUCGGAAUCUUUAUAAGAAUUCUUCUCUUGUAGUAGCUGCCGAUUUUCAUUUGAAGUUCUCUGUAGACAAUAACAAUUGCGGAUACAAUUGUGAGUAUACUUCUGGUUUGAUCUAUUUCCCAAGGAAGUAUAAGGAUGCAAUGCCUGUGAUAUGUAACCCUGUCACGGGACAAUAUGCUACCUUACCUGUAGGGAAAGAGUACAUACGGUGCAAAAGCUUUCUAGGGUUUGAUCCAAUUGACAACCAAUUCAAGGUAUUGCGCAUGCACAAUAACCUUCGUAAGGAUUGGGAUAAUUAUAUUCUGACAUUAGGAACUGGAAAUAUGUGGAGGAAGAUCCAAUGUCCUUUAACACAUUAUCCUGUGCGUGAAGGGAUAUGCAUCAAUGGGUUUUUGUAUUACUUAGCUGAACUAGCUGAUGAACUAAGUGAUAAAAAGUCUUAUGCGAUAGUUUGUUUUGAUGUUAGGACUGAGAAAUUCAAGUUUAUUGACGCAGAAUGCUAUUAUCAUAAAUUGAUAAACUAUAAGGGGAAAGUGUGUGGGAUUAAGUUGGAGUAUGCUUAUGAUGGUGGAUUUCCCCUUAAGUUGAGUUUGUGGGUUCUAGAGGAUGUUGAGAAACAGGAAUGGUCGAAUUAUUCCUACUGUCUGGAGGUUAAGAAUGUUAAGGCUAACUGCAAUCUUUCUGUUGUUGGGAUGACGGCUAGAGGUGAAAUUGUUUUGGUUAAGGAGGAUGCAUUUAAACCGUUUUAUGUUUUCUACUUUAAUCCCGAAAGGAACACUCUCCAAAGUGUUGAAAUCCAAGGUGUUGGAGAAGUCCAAAAAUGGUCUAACAUCGAUAUAGUUUUCGGCUUUGUAGACCAUGUAGAGGAUCUUAACUUUGAUAUUAUGUAGACAACAUAUGCUGCAACAUCUAGAAGCCAACGAAAACAAAGUGUAAACCCCCUUUAGAAGAUCAUCAAGUUAGGACCAUUGCUCACCUGGAACAAGAUCGUCAUACGUUUGAGAGCGUUAACAAAUUUGAUGCUCUGUGUCUUUUAGAAAGUUUUUAUUCAAGUCGUUAAGAGUCAUGUCUGAACUUUUUUUCAUAAUAUUUAUAACAUAAGAGUCGCAUCAACAGGUUUCGUUUGAGCUUUAACACUCUGUUGCUAUCAAGCAUAUAGAUCAAGAGUUGUAAUUCCAUUAUG